CCUCAAAUCUGUUUUCAAUCUUGUUUAAUUGGCUAUCAUCCAUUGCCUCCUUCCAGUUACUCCCCUCUCUUACAGUCCAGAGACAGACGCUAUUGCAAAAGACAAGAACAGAGUCUGACACUCAGUCUGCACUUAACAGCAAACAACCCAGCAGCAGAAGUUGAGUUCUGAAGAGCUGCAAACGGCAUUGUGUAGCUUACUUUGUAAGAACUCUGCUUCCAAUUCAGUUCUAAUGGAAAACACAACGAAUUCAACUUAUUAUAUUGAUUAUUAUGAUGGAUAUUCUGAUACAGAAGAUUAUUCUGUAGCCAGCCCUGAUGAGGACGUACAUCUUGGAUACUGCAGGGAAGCAGCAUGUAUAAUUAUGGUGAUCUUUAAUGUGAUCAUAUUCCUUCUUGGCAUCAUUGGAAAUGGCGCGGUGAUCUGGAUUACUGGUUUUAAGAUGAAGAAGUCAGUGAACACCACCUGGUACCUGAGUCUGGCUCUGUCUGACUUCCUUUUCUGCGCUACUCUCCCUUUCACCAUUGACUACAACUUGAAGGGGAGCUGGAUCUUUGGGCUCUUCAUGUGCAAGUUCAACUCUUUUGUUAUGACCCUCAAUAUGUACAGCAGCAUUUUCAUCCUGGUCAUCAUUAGUGUGGAUCGCUGCAUCACCGUCAAGUUUCCCGUCUGGGCCCAGAAUCAGCGCACCGUACUGAAAGCUUCUGUAGUUGUUUUGUUAGUUUGGUUCGUGUCUUCUUUGCUUAGCAUUCCACCUGCCAAAUUCAGAGAGACUACGAAUAUAGGAUCAAAAGACAUAUGCUAUAGCAACUAUGAGCAUCACCACAAAACUGUUGUGUUAAUGCGCUUUAUUUUGGGGUUUUUGAUUCCAUUCCUGACCAUCUUCAUCUGUUACUCCAUCCUGAUCCGUAAACUUAGAGCAAACCAAAUGUCCAAAUUCACCAAACCCUUCAAGAUCAUGACGUUACUGAUCACAACUUUUUUCAUCUGUUGGUUGCCAUUUCAAGUAGUUUCCAUUUUAGAGUUGGACCGAACCGAGCACAGCUCUGCCUUUCACAUAGCCCAACAAGUAUCCGGCAGUCUCGCCUGUGCAAACAGUUUUCUAAACCCGUUCAUCUAUGCAUUCAUGGCCAAGGACUUUAAGAAGAGAUGCUAUUCCUUUCUUUACAAGAUUGAGAGCGCCAUUGAUGAGGAGACCUAAAGUACUUUAGGAGCAACUUCAAUCACCAAUUCUGUGGAUAACAGACAUUCCACUGCUUUCUGAAACUUUAACACGAGUCAUGGACUAAAGAGGAUUCUGGCCCAUAGAAACGAUUUGGCAUUAAGUAGUGCAGUUAUUUUGUCUGUUGCACGUUUGAGCUUGGAAAAUUAAAAGUUGAAGAUAAAACAUUUUUAAAUAAAGGUUCAAUAUAAGCUACUUUACAAGUCAUUAUAUUUUGUUUAUGAUAGCUAUUAAAUAUUUACAGUUUUUAUCUUACCAUAUAAGUUACUGAUUAACACAUGGGGUGGGGUGAAUGGGGAGUUAAAAUUAUUUGUGGUUUUUGAAUGUAUGUCUUAAACAUCAUUUGAAAAGAUAAUUAAAA